CACCUGAUUUGAAACACCCCACUAAAUUAAAUCAAAUACUGAAUCCAAAGACUGGAGUAUAUUAUAGAUAUAUUAGUUUUUAAAAAUACUAUUAUGAAUAACAAAAUUUUACAACUUUUAGUAUUUUUUGUUGUAUAUAUUCAUAAUUUAAUGUAAAUAUAAAGUUGAAGUGGAAAGUAUUUAGUAUAUUUUCAGCGUGUCGUCGUUUAAGAACACUCAACCCAGAUUUGCCGGGAAGAGCGCGUGAGGUUGAGUUUCAAAGGGUAGAAUAGUCAAUUCCAUUCAACUAUAUAUAAAAGUUUCUCCUCGUGAGACCCGAAAACCGCGUAAACUAAGAAAAAGACAUGCGUCGAUCGGCGAGCGCCUCCAUAGUUUCCGACCAACUAUCAGCGAAAGCUCCGUCGCCAUCACCGUCUCCGCCGCGAAUCCAAAGCGACACAGACUCGGAGGAUGUACAGCUUCUUCUGCCUAGGUACGACCCAAACUCUUACCCGGGCAAGAAGGACAAGACGCGACUCAGAUCCGCGGAAAACGCUAUCCAUUUCAUCCCUCUCAUUCUCAUCAUCUGCGCCCUAAUACUUUGGUUGGUUUCGAAUCCAGUAAUAGCAAUGAUCAAACAGUGACGAUGGUGGAAGAGAAUGAUUGAUAACUUGAGGUGCAAGCCUUCAACGAUUUUGCAUUUUAUUCUUUGUAAUUGUUACUGUCUUUCUUUUGAGGUUGUUCAUACAAAACAUAACGUAUGCUUUUAGAUAAUCAAUCUCAUUAUACAGACAGAUCAAUGCCUAAGAAACUCAGUUUAUGUAUUUAGUAUAAAGAAUGAAUCAGGAGACUGUAUCGGUAACGUUUGAGAUAGAUUCGUUGUGUUACAAACACUCAAGUGGUAGUAAUACAAAGUUUAUAUAUCAUUAUUACUCUCAGACCUCCCAAACAAAAAAAAAAGGGGUAAUCUCAAUAUGGUAUCAACAACUAAAAAACCUUUUGAGACAUAUUGAGACUCUUUUCGAUCUAAAAAUCUAAUGUUAGGAUGAUGAAGCAGCAACAUAUUUGCCCACAUACCCAAAACCAA